UAUUCGGACUGCCCCUCCUCCCCCCAUCGCGCGUCUGGUCCAGCGCGGCAGCUCGACUUCUCCACAAACUCGCUCGGCCAGUGCUUAUAUACAGACUCUCUUCUCUUCCUCUUCCCUCCUCUCCUCCUCUCCGCACUUCUCCGCACUACUCACUCACACUCUCUCUCUACACAAUGGUCGGAAAAGAAUCAAACGUAGACGUCCUCAUCAUCGGCGCCGGUCCCGCCGGCCUCAUGACCGCCACCUGGCUCGCCCGCACCGGCGUCUCCUGCCGCAUCAUCGACAAGCGCACCGACAAGAUCUUUGCCGGCCAGGCCGACGGUCUCGAGUGCCGCACCCUCGAGGUCUUCCGCUCGUUCGGCAUCGACGGUCCCUGGAAUGAGUCCAAUCACAUGCAGGGUGAGCCUUCUUUUCUUCAUCUUGUCUCUUGUCUCUCUAUUGUCUGCUAACACGAAUACAGAGGUCUGCUUCUGGGAACCCGACGGAAAAGGAAGCCUCUUCCGCUCCGCCCGCAUCCCCGAUACCGUCAAGGGCAUCUCCCGCUUCCAGCAGUGCGUCCUGCACCAGGGCCGCAUCGAGUCGCACUUCAUCGACACCAUCGAAAAGUCUUCGCAGGGCAAGGUCAAGAUCGAGCGCGGCAUCCUCCCGCUCUCCAUCGACAUCGACGAGGCCAAGGUCGACGACCCAGAGGCCUACCCCGUCUCGGUCGUGCUCAAGAAGCUUGCAGAGGAAGAGGCCAUGCCGGACCAGUACGGCGGCAAGAUCGCGAACGGCCUCUUCCGCCAGUUCCAGGGCGACCAGGAGAAGUACUACGACAGCGUCGACCCUGCCGCGUCCGACGUCGAGCUCGUGCACGCAAAGUACGUCGUCGGCUGCGACGGCGCGCACUCCUGGGUCCGCAAGCAGCUCGGGAUCGAGAUGGAGGGCGAGUCUACCGACU